CUCCUCAGACCUACAAGUCUUACUUCAAUUCUCGUUUUUGAGACUUUGUUCGUUCUUGUUGCAUAAAUUUACCUUGUAUGAAAACAGACUGAAAGACGAAUUUGAAUUUAGAGUUACUUCUGAAACUUGCAAGAAUAUCAAUUCCACCAGUAUGAACUUUAACUUUUGUACAAAAUUAACGAGUUAAAAACAUUUGAAUAAUACUUACAUAUAGCAAAAUACAAAAUUUAUCAAGAUUUGGAAACAUUAUUGUCCUGACUAUAAUUUCGAUUGUAAAUAUUUCAGAUAUUCUUGACAGUAUUGUGAUGUCAUAUAAACUAAAAAUUACUGUCAACUAAUCCUCAAAAUUUUGAAUCGAACUUACAAAUAUAUUCUGGCUAAGAAUCGUUCAGUUUUUAAGGAAACAUUCAUCGUAAAACUCAAGUAUCCCAUAAAUUCCAAGUCUGUCCAGUCCGCCUGAUUGACCCCGACUCAAGUUCACAGAGCAGUUUUGGUCUUGACAAAAACAUGCAUUUUCACCAUACGAAGCUAUACGUCGUUCACCUCACCAUUUUCCGAUGGUGAAAAUGAGAAUUUUACAAAUUUGAAACUAUCUUAACUCCUUAAAUUUUAAAACAGUUUUAAAGUCACACACUAACUAUUGUUUGAGUUACUUAAUUUUAUAAGAAGAUCCGUGAGAAACAUAUGAAUUUUCAAAUAACUUUUGAAAAUCGACUAACUCCAAAAUUAUCGCAUCCAGAAGUCCUUUAUAGCUUAAGAAAACCGCAAUGGAAAAUUGCAAGUUAUAUCCUUGCAUGUGCCAAAAUUGCGAAAAAACUUUCCCGUCUACACGGCGUCUUAACAUCCACCUGAGGCGGAUGCACCCUUCCACUCCGAGAACCCGCAGCUUUAAGUGUGACAUCUGUCCGAAGGAUUUCUACACCAGUUAUUACCUCAGCCUUCACAAGAAGCAUACGCAUUCAACAUUGAAACCGUUUGGGUGUACCGAGUGCGAAAAAUCUUUCAAGAGUAAGCUCGGGCUGCGGGUGCACAUUUCUUCGCACAAGGGCGAUAAAGCCUAUGCCUGUCCACACUGCCCCAAAAUCCUUUCUUCUUACGCAAACUGGCGACGCCACACGUAUAUCCACACAAAGUCGGAUAACGACCGAAAACAUAUUUCUUGUCCGCAUGAGAAUUGUCACGUCAAGUUUGAAUACCCCUGCGAACUAAAACAUCACAUUUCACGCGUGCAUAGUACCGUCAAACUUUCGCGAGACCAUAAAUGUUCCAGCUGUUCGGCAGCAUUUUUCGACAAAAACAAACUCCGCCGACACGAAGAUAUUCAUACCCGUGACCCUGCAAGGAAUCAUUUAAUCUGCUACUUUUGUCCGAAAAGCAAAGCCCGUCAGUCCGAGUUGACGGAUCAUAUGAGAAAACAUACCCAAGAAAAACCUUACCGUUGCCCCUUGUGCGAGAGAUCCUUCAGUUUUUUGGGUAACAUGACGCGCCACAUUUUCACCCACACGAAGGAAAAACCGUUCUCCUGUAGCGUCUGCGAGAAGGGGUUCAGUCACCGCCAAUCGCUCCGAAGUCAUGUGGCCACCCAUACGCGGGAAAAGCGGUACUCCUGCAAAAUUUGUGACUAUACCGCCUUCCAUAGGACCUCAGUGUCCAUCCACGUGAGACGGAUUCACUAUAGGGUGUACGAAUUGCAGUGUGACAUAUGCCUGAAGAGGUUAUUUAGCCAGGCAGAGUUAAACCUGCAUGUGGAAAUGCAUUUCAAGGUGAAACCAGUAACAGGGCACCCCUGUUACUUAUGCCAGGUACGAUUUGGGAGGUUUGGAGACAUGAAGACACAUCUGAGACUGUGCACCGGCGAGAAAAGAAUUAAGGCCGUAGUGUGGUAAUAAAUAUAGAACUUAUAAUUGAUGCUACCUACAUAAAUAUGUGUAAAAAUAUGCGUAUUUAUACAUACAUACUUACAUUUCAUAAUCCAUAUUGUUGCUUUAAAUAUCUGAAACUCGCAUAUUUUGAACUUUUGCCUAUUUAUGUAUUUAUACCGACUAAUAUUAUGAAGUGGAUUUUUCGUUAAAAAAUUCAAACCUUUUAAACUUGUGGAAACAAAUAUUUCGCUUUUAAUUGUAUGUAGAUCAAGAAAAUUAUAAUUGGUUAUCGGAUGUAAUUACGAAAUCGACGUCGUACACAAGAGGAAUUUUGUUAAAAUAUCACUAACAUGA